AUGCACCCCUCCCUCCUCCUCGGCCUCCUGGCCGGCACCGCCCUCGCCGGCACCAUCCGCCGCCCCGGCCGUCCCCGUCCCCAAGCCCCCACAGCCGAAACCCUCUGCCCCAUCGUCUUCGACGGCCGGCCCGACUCCUCCCUCGAACCCCUCGACUUUGACGACUGGAACACCUCCCCCUUCAACCCCGACUACGUCAAAGGCGCCGGCCUCCCCUGGUCUUCCAUCCUCCAGUUCCCCGACAUCUCCCCCCCGGCCCGGUUCGACGACCCGACCUACCAGAAGCCCUUCGAGGUCACCAUCAACGACUCGUCCAUCUUCAACAACCAGCGGGGCUUCCGCCGCGCCGGCCUGCAGUUCCAGGGGGACACCAACCGAGACUCCCCCGGCUCGUCGGGCAUCAAGACGAUCCACUUCUCCCUCAAGUGGGACGCCCAGCGGCCCCUGAACCUGAGCCACGAGUACCUCAACGUGUGGCACGAGACGGCCGACUACAGCGCGAACCAGUUUAACUUUCAGGCCGGCGCCAUACUCGGGCAGAACAGUCUGGCGAGGGACACCACCCUCCGUGUAUACUACAGCAGAGGCUCCGAACCCCUCCGCAGCGUGACCAACGCCCUGACCAACAACAACGCCGGCGAGGGCCAAUACCAAGUCGGCAUCCUCCGCAAGCCCACCGGCACCAGCGACGUCGUCAACUCUGGCUACCACCAGCGCAACCUCAACGAAGGUCUCAUCUACGGCAGCGUCUUUGUCGAAGACGGCGAAGGCGGCUGCGUCUCUCUUUAA